UUUAUCUAAUAAAUAUAGUGUUGUCAACGAUCUCAGAUAUAAAAAAAGAAAGUGAAAAAAUUAUGAAGUUUACUAAUAGUUUAAUGCCAGAAAAUGGAACAUCAGAGCGUAAAAUUAUGAAAAAAUCAGGAAAUGAAGAAGUUGAAAAGAGUAUGUUUAUGUGGUUCAUACAAAGACGAUCAUCUGGACAGUCAAUAUCUGGUCCAUUAUUGUAUGAAAAAGCAAUAUUUUUCGAUAGAAGAUUAAAUGGCGAUCCCACCUUCGAAGCAAGUUCAGGAUGGCUUGAAAAAUUCAAAGGACGACAUGGUAUCAAGGAACUUGAAGUUCACGGGGAAAAGCUUUCUCCUGACAUACCUUCAGCAAACACUUUCAUUGAAGAUAUUCGUGGAGAAGGAAGAUUCGACGAAAAAUUUAUUUACAAUGCUGACGAGAACGGUUUAAAUUGGAAGAAACUACCCAACAAAUCUUUACCAUCAAGGCGUGAAAAUACUGCACCAGGGUACAAAACUAGUAAAGAACGUGUCACCAUUAUGGUGUGUGCCAAUGCAGCAGGCAGACACAGACUCCCAUUGCUUGUCAUUGGAAAAUCAAAGAACCCAGAUGCUUUAAAAAUAUCGGAAGUCUUCCGGUUGAAUAUGACCAUCAGAAAUAAAGCCUGGAUAAAUGGAAAAAUUUUUAAACGAUGGUAUGAAAAGCAAUUCAUUCCAGAAAGUAAUGGUAAUGAAGAUGCUUAUUAUGACUUUCAGAGUAAAUAG